AGCCGCGCGCGAGAGCGGACGUCGCUCGUUUCACGCCGAUGCGGUGCCACGUGAGGGAAAAGCCAGGAAGGAAAACUCCGUUCGCGCGCAGCUCCGAAGUAACAACAUUUUCUUCCCGUUUCUUCCCUCCCGCUGUGUGGACUCGCGUUAUCGCGUCGAGCGACAGGAAUGGUGUGGAUUACGCCGGAAAUGCGACAGAAUUAACCAAGCGGGAUCGGCUCUCGGAGUACAUGGGAUGUGUCUGACGAUCGUGGCAUUCCAUCGGAUUUAAUUCUAUCGACACGGGAAAUCGAUGUGCACUGAUUUUCUCGUGAGUCUUCGACGCAGAACGAAACGAAAAAAGAAAAAAAAAUUGAAAAAUCGAACAGAAAUUAUAAAUUAAAAAGUUGCGACAAGAGUGUGAAUCUAUUUGCUACUUCUAUUUGCUAUUUUACGGACAAUAUUAUAAUAAUAAAAUAAUCAAUAUUUAAUCUACGCGACAAAUUCAGGACUUUAUUAAUAAAUUAAUGAAAAAAGUUACCGUGGGAAAUAAUUAAACAGUUGCAACUGUACCCGAGUGAAAUGCAACAAACGUUUUAAUUAAACAAAAACAGAAAUCACAUGACGAAGCAAUAACAAAAUUGAAUGUUUUCAUCGAACGAACUGUAUGAUAUUUGCAUUUAUUGCAUUGCUAAUUGCUUUUACUAGAAUAGUUAAUCGAAACCAUACUCGUAUCGUCGUUUUUCUACGUAAUCGAUUACAAGCGUUUUCAAGUAAAGCAUCAAGAGCACGGAAGGAAAAGAAGAGAAGAAUUCUCAAAGGGCGGAAGAUUAUUCGAGACGUGUACCUAUUGUAGUACCUCACGCGAGGUAUUCCGUGGUAUUUUAAAACAUUCACGCCGAUUGACCCUGAAUAUACUUCCGCGGAGGUGUGAACACAUCUAUUAUGAAAUUCUCGAAGAGUUUGGAGUUACCGCGUAGAUAAAGCUUCCAUUACACCUGAGACGAAACCAAUUCUUUACAAGCGUUCCGGAAAGAUCUUCGCAAUCUCACCCACUCGCGUACUUACUCCACUGAAAGUUUACCGCCCCGCGGCAACUCCCGUGAAAAUGCGAAGACUAGAAUCGCGGAAAUCCUGUUCGCGAACAACUUGAAAGUACCUCGUAAAAUAAAAAUUCAUUUUACCGUAAAAAUAUAAAUCGCAUCGCAUGAAAAUAUUCUCUUCGGGGCUCAGUGAAGGGAAAAAAUUCCGUAAAUUAUGCACGGACUGUCUUCAGACUUUCUGCAAUAAAGUUAUCAAGAACAUUAUCCGCAUCGAGUAUUGAAAGAAACAUCGAGACAAUUCAGAAACAUUCAAAUUAUCAGCGAAGUCUAGGACUUUCAAGAUAUAACUACUGAUUUUCCGAUUUCCACGAUAAAAGUGUGACAGAUUUAAAAGAAAUCUACGAUCGUAAGCUCCCCGGACUGGAGGAAGUCUCGAUAUAGAUCGCGCGAUGCAUCGAACACGAAGGAGUCUCGAGAAGACAAGUGAGAAGUCCUGGGAAUCUUAGGCAACCAAAGAAGAAGACGGAAGCCGAAGGAGAAUCACACGAAAGCGAAGGAGGAAGAGAGGAAGGAAUUGCGAAUAACAGGCAGAGGCGAGGAAACUCUCCAGGAAUGCCGUGGAUAAAGUGUUUGGGUGGUGGAGGUGGGAAGGCCAGGAGGGGCAAGCCACUCAGCGUCAGUCAACCGAUCCACCUGCUUGUCAAGAGCGACUUCGAACCCCAGUGUCACGUGUUCCGCACCAAGCAAUUGCGCAAACCUCGACCAUGUCAUUUAUGCCACCAGGCGGUGAUCAAGCAAGCUUCCUGCUGCAGAGUGUGCAAGUACAUCUGCCACAAGUCAUGCGAGGACAAGGGCGCGCGGUUCCGAGACACCUCGCAGCAAAUCCAUAAACAAUGGCAAGCCGAUCCAGCGAGGGCAUUUCCAACUGUCGGCGGUGUCACUACAAAUUCACCCUCGCCGGCAUCGGGAGAGCUCUCUACGCCAAAUUCCACUCCCAGCCCUAGCCCUAGCCCGACUAAUCAGCAAAUCACGCACAAUGGCGGCUACGAAUCACAACCGAAAAACGUUAAUAACAUCGCGAGAAGUAAGCAGCACCAAGUGCAGACAUCAGCAAUGGUGUCAACACCUGCGAGGACGCCGGGUGUCGGCGCGGAUUCAACGAUAACGGGACCGGGAAAGGGCGGAGGUCGCGUGACGGAGGUGAUGGAGCUCUGUUACGUCACCGAGAGGAUCAUCGCCCUUUGGUAUAGAGAGGAUGCGCAGGGUGUCCUCGAACAUGCCACGACCCUUCUGCGCGGGAAACAUGCCGAUAAUUACAUGAUCUUCAAUUUGUCAUCGCCCGGCCGACCCGGCGAGCCGAAUACGAGGGAAGCUGGAUGGCCGCAGGGAUUAGCGCCAAGUUUGGAGAGACUGUGUGCUCUCUGCAAGGAGCUGGACUCCUGGCUAAACGGCGCUUCUAAUCGCGUCGUUGUUCUGCAUGCCAGGGGCGGCAAGGAGCGGCUGGGUGUGGCAGUGUCCGCUUAUAUGAACUACAGCAGCAUCUGCGGGGGACGCGAUCAAGCGUUGGACAGGUUCGCCAUGAGAAGGUUCCUCGACGACAAGAUCGGAUCGCUGCAGGUUCCGUCGCAUCGAAGGUACAUCGAGUACUUCAGCGGACUGCUGUCAGGCUCUCUGAGGAUCAGCCAGUCGCCAUUGUACCUGACCCACCUGACAGUCCUCGGAGUGCCGCUCUUCGAGCCGACGGGCUGUCGAGCCUUUCUUAAAGUAUACGAAGGACUUACACCGGUUUACACUUCGGAUCUAUAUUCGGUGACGAAUGCACGCGAAUUUACAGUUAAUCUCGGCGGACUACGACUGAGGGGUGACAUAUUGGUCAAGUGCUAUCAUAGGGUAUACUCGAAGCAGACGAGAGAAGUUAUGUUUUCCCUCCAGUUCCACACGUGCGUAAUUACGGAGAACGUCGUCUCCUUCCCGCGAUCGGAACUCGACGUCGCCUGCGAUGAUCCUCGAUGCCCGCCCGACAGCGUGGUGACACUCUAUUUCGCCACCGACGCGAAACGUCAGGACGGCCCAGUCCCAGCGCCGACACCCGCCGUGCCGCAUGCAUCGGCGCAUCACGAUCCCAUCCUGCAUUGGGAUAGCUACACGAAUCUCGAGAUCAGCGACGAUGAAGGCCGUGAGACUCCACUGUCACCACCACCUCCCUCGAGCUCUUCGGUUCAGACUUCACCUCGUGGCUUGGGUUAUACCUGUGGCCCUAUAGAUGGGUCCUUGUACGCCGUGGUACAUCAAAGCGCUGCAGGAGGUGCUCGCGGCUCGCCAUUGACGGUUUCUAUGGACAGUGGCAUAAGUAGUGCACCGCCACAGAGACCCAGCCCGCCAGAACCAGAGCCGGAAAGUCAGGCUCACGGAGACCUCGAUAAACUUCUUCAUGAUAUGAUGCUUACUGUCGAGUCUAUGCCAGAUCCUCCGACAGAUGAUUACAAUCGCGAUCGAAGUGAGAAGAUGUACAUCCAAGAAUCACGCAGUUACAGCAGUCACGGCAGCAGUCACCCAACGUCCACUUAUUCCACUUUGAAGGAUUCCUACAGGAGUUACGGGGCCGGUAAAGAAUCGAGUCCGCCCUACAAUUCGAGCAGCAGCUAUAGUACCCUGAAAAACGAGUACAGAGAUUCGUCGAAGAGCAUCGAGCAUCGCGAUUACGAGUAUCGCAUGUCUCCGGAUCGGAAGAUAUCCGAAUCCUCCAACGACUCCUACAGGAAACACGCGGACUCCUUCUCGCCGCCUGGGAACAUCGACUUCAUCGACGAGGACAUCCCGUAUCACGCCAGGCAGACCAGUCAGCCAUUCUCGUACGGUGCCACUACCGACAUGAUAAAACAUCAGAAAUUGUCGUCGCCCUCGUUAGUGAGGAAAGCGUCCGUGCGAGGUGUCGCGCCCGUCGUAGAUUUCGAGGACAUUCUUGGCGAGAAUUCUAGAAGACCCAUCAGCCCCCUUAGUCCCAAUACUCCGGAUCCGCCGCCGGAAUUCGCAAACGGUCCCGUAAAGAGUGGAGCUGAUCACAUCGAUGGUUUGUCGUGGCUGAGACAGCAGCAAUUGAAACUCGCCGCUAGGAGAGAUGAAAGGAGCCCCGGCAAGCUCUGGCGACAAGAGACCGGAAACCGUGUGAUCGGCGAGCUCAGGAGCUUGCAGAGAGGAAGAUUGAGACACGACGGUUACGCGAGCGACUCGGCAGUUCUCGACGAUGAUGACGAUGUGUGGGGAGCGAGUUCUGUUUCCGGACAGCCGUCGUCGAGAGCUGUUCCGUACACCUCCGCACCAGCUAGUCCUCUACUUCCGCAGAGAUCGAGCAGCCGGAAGUAUAACGGCAAUGCCGGAAACGGUGUUCUCGGCAGGCCACGAGCGGAGAGCAUGAACGAACGGCCGUUCGUUUCUGUGAAGCGUGCUUACGAAUAUCGCAAGUACAACGACAGUCAGAGCCCUCCGACAUCCCCCCGCUCAGCCUUAGCGGCCGCGCCACCCUUAGGGUUCGCGGCGAGCCAGCAAUUGAGUUCCAGCAACGCCGAAAGACCGCAGCAACAACAACAACAUCAGCAACAUCAGCAACAUCAGCAACAACCGCCGCGACCGGAGUCGCGGAGCGACAGUUUCGCACGCGCGGACGCAUUGCUGCGCGAGCAUCGCCAUCAUCAGUUGCAACCCGGUGUCAUCAAUAGCGUCGGCAACGACCACGCCGAGCGGAAGCAGACGAUCUCGAUUCAGGAAUACGUGACACCUAGUCGAAACGCGCGGCCCGAGUCGAGGAAUCGCGUCGCUUAUCAGAGCGUCGGAAGUUACAGUUCGGCCAGCAGCAACGACCAGACGGACGGCGGUUUAUUAGCGGUGGUCGAUCAGCCUGACCCUCUCGUGAGCCUCAUUCAGUCUCUAGCUGAGAUCUCGCCGAUUCGCGCAUCCCCGAGCAUGACAAAACCCGAGAACGAGCAUCAUCCCGCCGGCAGCAACGCGAUAGCAGCCGCUGCGAUAUCUGCCAGUGUGCCUAGCAACAAUGUCACUAAUUGCUCCCCUAACCAGUCACCAAAAGCAUGGCAGAAUUGCACCCAGCCGCACAAUGACUCGGCGUCAUCGUGGACCGAGAGAAGCGUCAGUCCUGGAAGCGCGGUGGUCAGCGGCGUCUCGCGACCGCAGACACCGGCGUUUCCGGUUCACCCACGGACGCCGUACGUCAAUAACGCAUCGCCGACGGUGACGUUCGCCAGCGAUCGCACUUACGUGACAUCCAACAACAGCUACAAUGUCAGCAACAACAACAACAACGAGGCUGGCGGAAACAAUAACAAUAAUAUCGGGAACUACGGCGCCGAACGAACGAUAUAUAUCGAAGAACGAAGGGAAGCCUCGAAGGAGACGGGGCUUCCACCCAAGAGUCCGACAACACAGCGACGCUUGAGUUUCCCGGCAAGCGGGCCGCUUAAACAAACGCAUAACAAACGAUGGCCGCUCACUAACCAAUCGGCGUCGUUCGACUAUAGUAAGGACCGACCUGUUUCUCCUGUAAGCGAAUCGACGAUGUCGCAGCCGCAGGCUGUUUCGCGCAGUCCUGGUACACCGACCCACGUAGAAUUCGCCCAAAGCCCCAAGAGCGCUACAUCAUACACAUCGAUCAACAGUGGUGGUCAGUCGUCGCCGCAAGUUCAAUAUUAUAGCUCGAGACGCUCCAGCGUUCACUCCAACACCGAGCCCCAGGAGGUAGCUGACGCUAAUGUAAAAUUCGUACGCGACACCAGCAGAAUCUGGUACAAACCCAAUAUAUCGCGGGAGCAAGCAAUCUCGAUGCUGAAGGAUGCGACACCCGGCACAUUCGUGGUGCGAGACAGCAACUCGUUCCCGGGUGCCUUCGGUCUGGCAUUGAAAGUAGCUACGCCACCUCCUGGUGCGCCUAGUAGCCCACGAGAUCCUUCGAGCGAGCUUGUCAGGCACUUCUUGAUCGAGCCAACAUCGCGCGGCGUCAGACUAAAGGGAUGCGCGAACGAACCUGUCUUCAGCUCACUUUCGGCACUGGUUUACCAGCACAGUUUGAUGGCUAUGGCGUUACCUUGUCAGCUGCUGCUACCCGAGCCGGAAGCAGCCGCCAGAGCUCUAGACUCACCUGGUACCAAUAGCACUCAGCAGCUUCUCGCUCAAGGAGCAGCUUGUAACGUUUUGUAUCUCUUUACAAUUGACACGGAGUCUUUGACUGGACCACAGGCCAUCAAGAAAGCUAUCACCAAUCUAUUCGAGCAAAAACCUUUGCCGAUCGCCACAAUUGUUCACUUCAAAGUCUCCACGCAGGGCAUUACUUUGACUGACAAUGCAAGAAAGCUAUUUUUCCGUCGACAUUAUCCCACAAAUAACAUAAGUUAUUGCGGAUUGGACACUGAAGAACGCACAUGGGAAUUCACCAGCGAAGAUACUGGAAGACCACUUAGCGCUCAUCGUUGUUUCGGCUUCGUGGCAAGGAAACCCGCUCAUAAAUCGGACAAUCAGUGCCACGUGUUCGCCGAAUUGGAACCAGAGCAACCUGCAACGGCAAUCGUAAAUUUCGUGAAUAAAGUCAUGAUGGGAAGCUCCAUCGCCAAGGCCAACAUUGUUUAAGAAUUGCUACUCGCUCGCCAAAAUCGCCAAGAUUAACGGGCACAAACAUCAUUGCGAAUUCGUUAACGGUUUCACCGUUUACGGUUGAUACCGAUCACAUAUCUUUAGCGCAAAAAAAUGCAAAGUCCAAUUAAGGGAAAAGCGACUGAGAAGUUGGGGAUAACGGGACGAAUGAUCGAUAUAAUCGAUUAAUGAAAUUGUUAUUCCGCUGACACGCGCGGAGGAUCUUUCUAAAGGAUUCGCUGAAAAAUCCUUGCACGAAUUAAUCAUUAUCAUUAACCGACUACUCGUAAUAAGUCUUCGUGCAUUUCGUAGCGUUGAAUCAAUAGAACAUUCAUGUUACAAAACAGUAGGGACGAUACAAUUAUCGAUAACGCUGGGAAGAAGUCGAGGAUCGCUCUCUUUGGAAGAGAACGAGAAGAACGAGAGGCGAUACGUGAAUCGAUUCCAUCCUCGCGUCAAUAUGCAGUCAAGAUAAGAAAGUUGUUGUUAUGAUUAUCGUUACCGUUGUGAUUUAACGUAGCGAAUAGUAAAGAUAUAAUGGAUGGUCAAAAAGGGUAAGGUGGUCAAAAUGACUGCAUUGGAAAAAUUUGGUAUUAUGUAAUAAAGUAAUUUGAUUUUAUUUAAAAAAAUUAUAAAAGUA